CCGAAGGCCAGGUGGGGCCUUCACCUCGGCGUGUCGGAGGAGAGCAAGGGCUGGGAGCUCCUCGACAUCGCCGACAACCGGGUAGUCACCACGUUGGACGUGGUGUUCUACGAGAACAUGUCGUUAGAGGUGUGGAAGUCGGAGCACGGGCCGGCGUCGGGCCGGACGCCGACCACCCCGCCGACUAACACCUCGACGGCUACACUCCCUCUGCUCGCCGAGGUCGAUGAGCCUGCUGCUGAGGACGUCGAGGAUGUCCCCUUUCCCUCCCCCUCUCCUGCCCCCUGUGCCCCUCCCCUUGUGGCCGACCUGCAUGGGCUGAAUUCAGUGUCGGCCUCCGGCGAUUGGGGGAGAAGUGGGACGUCGCCUUUGGCGCCGGCUAAGAGCAUCGCUGGUGGCCAAUGUGACGAGCAGAAAGUCGACGUGAGAGUGAAGUCGACGUUGAUAGGGGAAGAGCAGGCCGAGGAGGUGCAGCCGACUUUGGAGAGGUCGGUGAAGAAGGCACCAGCAGGGCAGCAGCCGACAGGGGAGCAGGCAGCAGUGAAGCCGACCAAGAAUCACUCGACAUGA